GUGGUAGGAAAAGAAAUAUUCCAUUCAGGCGUCAACGUAUGCAGAUAGAUCAACCUGUCCCUCCUUCAGGAAUUGGUGCUUAUCCUGUUCCGCAGCCAGAUGACCCAUACAUAGCAGAUCUUCUUCAAGUGGCUGACAACAGAAUUCAUGAACUGCAACUGGAAGUCGCUGACCUGCAGGAAAAAUUAGAGAUUGCUGAACGUGGAAUGAAAAAUUACUGCAAACAGGUUGAACUCCGUGACAGUGAGAUUGAGCGUUUGGCACUAGCACUUGAUGGUGGGCGCUCUCAUGAUGUCAUAUCUCUGGAAGCCAAAAACAGAAGUAAUGAAAAAAUUAUUGCUCACUUAAACUUACAGGUUGAAUUCCUGCAGCAAACCAACAAAGAACUUGAAAUGCGCAUACAAGAGCUUUUGGACAGUAGGCAAAAUGCAACUAGUGAGGUGGUGCAUUUAAGUAAUAAAAAUGAAGAACUGUGCCAGGAACUGAGUCAAAUAGAUCAUUUGGCCCAACAGCUGGAAAGGCACAAAGAAAUUGUGCUUGAGACAGCAGAUAAGGAAAUUGGAGAAGCUAAGGAAGAGAUUAAAAAAAAACACAGUGAAAUCCAGGAUCGUGAAGAAACUAUAGCAAGACUUAAGUCAGUAAGUAAUAUUACCUCUACAACUAAAUUUAGGCACA